CUCACGAUGCCGCAGCGCGCCGCGAAGCCGUCGUUGCUCGUCGACGCGCUCCUCUUCGCCGCGGGCGGCGUCGUCGCCACGGUGCUGCUGCUCGCGCUCGCCAACCCGUUCGCCUACUACGACGAGGGAGAGGGCGCCCUGCACGCCGGCUCCUCCCCGGGCGGCGGCGGCCGCACGUUCUACGAUGACCCGGUGCUGGCGUACACCGUGGACCGGCCCAUCGCGGGGUGGGACGAGAAGCGCGCCGGGUGGGCGCGCGCGCGCCCGGAGCUCUCCCGCGGCGAGGAGCGCGUCCUGAUGGUGUCCGGCUCGCAGCCGGCGCCGUGCGGGGCCCCCGGCGGCGACAACACGCUGACGCGGCUGCUGAAGAACAAGGCGGACUACUGCCGGCUCCACGGCGUGCAACUGCUGUACAACACGGCGCUGCUGCGGCCGUCGAUGGACCGGUACUGGGCCAAGAUACCGGCGAUCCGCGCCGCCAUGGUGGCGCACCCGGAGGCGGAGUGGGUGUGGUGGGUGGACUCGGACGCCGUGCUCACCGACAUGGACUUCCGCCUCCCCCUGCGCCGGUACCGCGGCCACAACCUCGUCGUCCACGGCUGGCCGCGCCUCGUGUUCGAGGCCAGGUCCUGGACCAGCCUCAACGCCGGGGUGUUCCUCAUCCGGAACUGCCAGUGGUCGCUCGACUUCAUGGACGCGUGGGCCGCCAUGGGGCCCGACUCCCCGGACUACCGGCGCUGGGGCACCGUGCUCAAGUCCACGUUCGGGGACAAGGUGUUCGACGAGUCGGACGACCAGUCGGCGCUCGUGUACAUGCUGCUGCAGAGCGGCAGCCCGUGGCGGGAGAAGGUGUUCCUCGAGAGCGACUACUACUUCGAGGGCUACUGGCUGGAGAUCGUGGGGCGGCUCGGCAACAUCACGGAGCGUUACGAGGCGAUGGAGCGGCGACCGGGGUCGGCCGCGCUGCGACGGCGGCGCGCGGAGGUCGAGCACGCGGCGCACGCCGCGGCGAGGAACGCGGCGCUGGCGGGGGCCGGGCUGUCGGAGGCCGGGGUGAACGGGUGGCGCCGGCCCUUCGUGACGCACUUCACGGGGUGCCAGCCCUGCAGCGGGCAGCGGAACGAGCACUACACCGGGGCCAGCUGCGACGAGGGCAUGCGCCGCGCGCUCAACUUUGCCGACGACCAGGUGCUCAGGGCGUACGGGUUCCGGCACGCCGGGCCGCUCAGCGACGACGUGCAGCCGCUGCCGUUCGAUUACCCCGCGACUGCUAGUCAGUGACCAGCAAGUCAAGCGUCUGUGGGUGUGGCUGAUCGACGUGAGGUCCGCAGCUGUUAUUAGCUACGCAAAACGUCAUGCUGUAAUUCUCUCGGCUUCAUAACUUAAGACGUGUACUUAGUCAACAGUAGCCUUCGCGGCGGAUUCUCAAUGAGAAUGCAGAACAUUAAGAUC